AUGGGUCUGGGCAUACGUAAUUGCUGGAUGAUCCUGGUAACAACGAUAGCGAACACGAGGGGACACGUGACAAGGACAGGCGUUGUCCUCCACUUCAUUACCCGUAUCAUACUUUCAUUUCCCAUCUUCAUUCAAACAUGCUAA